CGUCCUCCGCCAUUUCUUCGCGACAGAACCUUUCUGUGACGUCGCGUGUUGUUGGCGGAAACCGGAAGUCCGUGUACUUUUCAAUUUGCGCUCGAGAGCCCUGUGUACUGUGUAGCGUGUUAGCAACGCAGCGCUAGGCAGUCGUGUGUUUUUGAUUUUGCCGGUAAGAUUUUUUUCAUAUAUCGCUUUGGGAAAAAUGCUUUUUCUACUGUGAACUUUGGACCAGUGUAGACAUGGGAGAUCCUUCCUUACAAAGGGACUGCCCACUGGAUUGUAAGGUCUAUGUUGGCAAUCUGGGAAACAGCGGUAACAAAAAUGAGUUGGAGAGAUCAUUUGGAUAUUAUGGUCCUCUGAGAAGCGUAUGGGUGGCCAGAAAUCCUCCUGGCUUUGCCUUUGUGGAGUUUGAAGAUCCACGAGAUGCAAGCGAUGCUGUGAGAGAGCUUGAUGGAAGGACAGUUUGUGGUUGUCGGGUGCGAGUUGAAAUGUCCAGCGGCGAAAAACGUUCAAGGUAUCGAGGACCACCUCCAUCUUGGAAUCGUCGCCCACGUGAUGAUAAUAGACGCCGCAGUCCAGCCCCAAGACGCCGGUCUCCCAGGAGGCGAAGCUUCAGUCGUAGUCGGAGCAGGUCCCUUUCCAGAGAGAGGAGACGAGAGAGGUCUUUAUCUCAAGAUAGAAACUAUAAACCUUCUAGGUCUUUCUCAAGAUCACGCAGUCGUUCACGAUCUAAUGGCCGGAAGUGAGGUUGGUCACAGCAGCCCUGUUGGGUAAAGCAUGUAUGUAUACGUGCUCUCUCAACAUAAUAGGAUUGUGGAAAAGAAUGAUUGAUGUUUUUUUUUUGCUCAUGAAGUCUUUUAAAAUGUAUUUUUUCCCUUAGUAUUCCGAGUUUCAUUUUUCCCCUUAAGAUGCGUGUACUUCAGUGGGUAGCAAGGGCUUCAUCUUGCCUAAAUGUCUGGACUGUAAUUUUAAGCUUUUGAGGCAGUGAAGACUGAACGGAAUAACACUGUCUGACUAAGAUGUUAAAACCAGUUUUGUAUGCUUUUUGUUUGUACUCUGAUUAAACAAAAACUCUUCACUCA